GCACCCAGCAGUUGGCGUGAGGGGCUGGUGGCAGGAACAAGCCUCUUCCGACCCCAUGGAGCUGUAUGAGACGCCCCCCUACUUCUACCAGGAGCCCCACUUCUACGAUGGGGAGAACUACCUGCCCGUCCACCUCCAGGGCUUUGAGCCAGCGGGCUACGAGCGGACCGAGCUCAGCCUGAGCCCCGAGGCCCGGGGGCCCCUCGAGGACAAGGGGCUGGGAACCCCCGAGCACUGCCCGGGCCAGUGCCUGCCGUGGGCGUGCAAGGUGUGCAAGAGGAAGUCCGUGUCCGUGGACCGGCGGCGGGCAGCCACGCUGCGGGAGAAGCGCAGGCUCAAGAAGGUGAAUGAGGCCUUCGAGGCCCUGAAGAGGAGCACCUUGCUGAACCCCAGCCAGCGGCUGCCCAAGGUGGAGAUCCUGCGCAGCGCCAUCCAGUACAUCGAGCGCCUGCAGGCCCUGCUCAGCUCCCUCAGCCAGGAGGAGCAGGGGCUGCGCUUCCGCGGCGGGGGCGGGCCCCAGGCGGGGGUGGCCGGUGAGGGCCGCUCGCACAGCGCCUCCUGCAGCCCCGAGUGGGGCAGCGCCCUGGAGCUCGGCCCCAACCCAGGGGACCACCUGCUUGCAGCGGACCCUGCCGACGCCCACGACCUGCACGCGCUCACCUCCGUCGUGGACAGCGUCGGCAUGGAGGGCGUCUCCGCGGCCUUCCCAGACGGAGCCAUGCCCCGCUGAGGUCGUCCGCCGGGCCGGCGUCCGUGGCCACCGGCUGGCCACUGGCGCCCCACGGCCGCAGCGGGUCCCUGCGGAGGCCAGCUGGCCCCUCCUCACCCGCGCACCGUCUGCCCGCCCCCCCAGAGAGGGAGCGGGCGGCUCACUCCGCUGACCACUCAGGGCUCAGGCCGUCCCGGUUCCAGGGAGGUGACGCAGGGGACCAGAGUGCCCCGUGUGUGCCCUGGCUCGGGGGCACACUCAGGAGCUCCCCUCCGAUCGCAGCUCAGCCUCCCACCCCGUCCCCAGCCCCCAACCACCGUUUGAGAGACAAAGACACAGCCCCAGCCCGCACGAUGGCACCUCCUGCUCGGUCUCCUUCGGAGGCAGUGGCCGGGCUGGGCCUGCCCUGAGUUGGGAGAAGGGAGAGGGACAGUCCUCUGUCCCCAAGUCCCUGGGGGGCCAAGCUUCUGCAGCGAAUCCUGGGAAUCUUCCAGUGGUUUUAUGUUUUGUUUGUUUUGUGUGUUGUUUGUGAAGCUGCCAUCUGACCAAGGUGUCCUGUGCCACGUUGCCAGGGACAGGCAGGGGGAGGGGACGGGGACUUUCAGGGGUGAUUUCUUUUGUUAACUAAGCAGUGUGUGGGUUUGCUAUUGUUUUGUAAUUUUUUUUU